AUGAUAACAGACGGUGCAAUGGCCGAGUGGAUACAGUGGUCGUCUUCUGUUCUAAUGGUCACUGGUUCGCACCCAGUUCACCCAGUAUCGCAGACAGCCUCCAGCAGCCUCGUGUCAGUACCGCAGACAGCCUCCAGCAGCCUCGUGUCAGUACCGCAGACAGCCUUCAGCAGCCUCGUGUCAGUACUGCAGACAGCCUCCAGUCAGUACCACAGACAGCCUCCAGCAGCUCCUGUGUCAGUACUCGCAGACAGCCUCUUGUGCCUGUGUCAGUACUCGCAGCAGACAGCCUCCAGCAUUUCCAGUCAGUAUACUGCAGACAGCCUCCAGCAGGCUUCCAGUCAGUAUACUGCAGACAACCCCCAGCAGCCUCCAGUCAGUAUAUCGCAGACAGCCACCAACAGCCCUGUGCUAGUAUUGCAGGACAGCGCCUCCAGCAGCCCUGUGUCAGUACUCUGCAGACAGCCUCCAGCAGCCUCAUGUGGCAGUACCUCGCAGACAGCUCCAGCAGCCUCAUGUGAGUACUGCAGACGGCCCAGCAGCCUCCAGUCAGCAUAUUGCAGACAGCCUCCAGCAGUCUCUCGUGUCAGUACUGCAGACAGCCUCUUCAGCACCCUCGUGUCAGUAUACUGCAGACAGCCUCCAGCACCCUGUGUCAGUAUACCGCAGACAGCCCCAGUCAGUAUACUGCAGACAACCUCCAGCAGCCUCCAGUCAGCAUACUGCAGACAGCUCUCCAGCAGCUCUGUGUCAGUACUCACAGACAGCUCCCCAGCAGCAUGUCAGUGCAGCCUGCAGACAGCCUCCUGCAGUCUGUGUCAGUGCCACAGACAGCCUCCAGCAGCCUCUGUGUCAGUACCUGGCUCAGACAGUCCCCAGCAGCCCCGUGUCAGUACUGCAGACAGCCUCCUGCAGCCUCGUGUCAGUACCGCAGACAGCCUCCUGCAACCUCCAGUCAGUAUACCGCAGACAGCCUCCAGCAGCCUCGUGUCAGUACCGCAGACAGCCUUCAGCAGCCUCGUGUCAGUACUGCAGACAGCCUCCAGUCAGUACCACAGACAGCCUCCAGCAGGCUCGUGUCAGUACCGCAGACAGCCUCCAGCAGCCUCCAGUCAGUAUACCGCAGACAGCCUCCAGCAGCCUCCUGUCCGUCUUGAGGAGGGAACUAACUGGCUGGUGUUGCAUGAUGGACACAAUACUUCAAGAGUUAACCGAGAGGACUGGGGGUCCAUUAGAACAAAGAACCCAUCAGGACACAGGAUCAACCAGGACCCAGGACCCAUCAGGAAACAAUGUCCAUCAGGACACAGAACCCAUCAAGGCACUAAACCCAUCAGGACACAGGACACAUUAGGACACAUCAGGACACAGGACACAGAACCCAUCGGGACAUUAAACCCAUCAGGAUACAGGUCCCAUCAGGACAUAGGGCCCAUCAGGACACAGGACUCAUCAGGACACAGAACCCAUCGGGACCCAUCAGGACAGGGCCCAUCUGGACACAGGACCCAUCAGGACACAGGACCCAUCAGGACACAGGGCCCAUCUGGACACAGGACCCAUCAGGACACAGAACCCAUCGGGUCAUUAAACCCAUCAGGACACAGGGCCCAUCCGGACACAGGACCCAUCAGGACACAGAAACCCAUCGGGUCAUUAAACCCAUCAGGACACAGGGACCAUCAGGACACACAACCUAUCAGGACACAGGACCCAUCUCCAGGGCCCAUCCGGACAGGGACCCAUCAGGACACAGAACCCCAUCGGGUCAAACCCAUCAGGACACAGGACCAUCAGGACACACAACCUAUCAGGACACAGGACCAUCAGGACACAGAGCCCAUCAGCACUAAACCCAUCAGGACACAGGGCCCAUCUGGACUGGGACCCAUCAGGACACAGAACCCAUCGGGUCAUUAA